CCUUUGUGUUUCUGAGCUCUUUACGGUUCUCACCCCCAACGGAAUUUGCAUAAUUUUUCCGUUACAAUUUGUAUAUAUACAUCCCAACUUCCCCUUCGUCAUUCCCUCAUCCAAAUUCAAUUUCCAUCCCAUCUUCAUCCACCCUCACACCCACACGUCUUCCCUUUUUCUUCUUCACCUCAAUACUCCCGCGGUGUCUCCGGCUGUCUUUUCUCAAUUGGAUGGGGAUGACCAUGCUCUCUGAAAGAGAAUGAGGGAUACUAAAUCCCCAUCAUGUCCAUCUCUUCUUCCUCCGACUGCUUCAUUGACUCUCACUUACUCUGUGAUGAAGACUCCUCCGGUAUUUUGUCCGGAGACUUACUGGAGUACUCCUCUGACCUUGAAUCGCCGGCCAGCAGUGAGGAUUCUAUCGCCAGUUUCAUAGAGGACGAGAGGCACUUCGUUCCUGGAAUUGAUUAUUUGUCGCGCUUUCAGUCUCAAUCGCUCGAUUCUUCCGCAAGAGCCGAUUCUGUUGCAUGGAUUCUCAAGGUUCAAGCAUAUUACGGUUUUCAACCACUCACUGCAUACCUUUCCGUCAACUACUUGGAUCGAUUCCUUUAUUCUCGCCGCUUGCCGGAAACAAAUGGGUGGCCAUUGCAGCUUCUUUCAGUGGCUUGUUUAUCACUUGCAGCUAAAAUGGAGGAACCCAUUGUUCCUUCAUUCGUGGAUCUGCAGAUUGAAGGAGCAAAAUAUAUAUUUGAACCUAGAACAAUACGUAGGAUGGAGCUACUUGUGCUGACAACUUUGAAUUGGCGGCUCCGAUCCGUUACACCAUUCAGCUUUAUCGGAUUCUUCGCUUACAAAGUCGAUCCUACAGGAACAUUUUCCAGUUUUCUCAACUCACGCUCCACGGAAAUCAUUCUCUCCAAUACUCGAGACGCUACUUUUCUUGAGUACUGGCCUUCCUGCAUUGCUGCCGCUGCUUUACUUUGUGCGGCAAAUGAAAUUCCCAAUUUGACCCUCUUGAAUCCUGAACAUGCCCAGUCUUGGUGCAAUGGACUCAGCAAAGAUAAAAUAGUUGGGUGUUAUCGGUUGAUGCAACCGUUGACAUUGGAGAGUCGUCGGAGGAAGGCACCGAAAGUGAUACCGCAGCUCCGAGUGAGAGUCCGAGCUGGGUUGAGAUACAGUGACUCGUCAUCCUCUUCGUCCUCAUCAAGGCUACCUUUUAAAAGGAGGAAGUUAAAUAAUUGCGUGUGGGUAGAAGAUGACAAAGAAAAUUCCAAGUUUAGAGCAGACGAAUAAUAAUAAAUAUAAAAAGAGAGAUAAAAGAAAAAAAAAAAAGGGUUUUGAUGGGGGGUUUCUUUGCGGUGGUGGUCCAAACUACUUAUCUUCAAAAAAGAAAAAGAAAAAAAAACCUUAAAUUUUACAUAAUAUAUAUAAUUUGAGAGGGAGAGAGAGAGAGAGAAAAGGAUGGAAGGAUAUAAGGGAAAUGUAUGAAGAGUUCUUUUUUGUUAUUUUUGGGUAAUUUCCAAAACCCAGUUCAGAUUAAAAGAAAAAGAGAGAGAAAUAGAAAAUAAAGAGAGGAAAGUAUUGGUUGGGUUUUGCAGAUUCCCAAAGGCAACAAGGAGAGGUCUGGUUGUUGUUUGAUUGUAGAUAUUAUUUUGGUGUGAGAAAUAAAAGGAAAAUACAAAGAAAGAAAGAAAGAAAGAUAAAUACAUAAUUAUAUUUGUUUUGUUUGAAGAAAAGAAAAGACAAGAAAAAAGGAGUGAAGUGGUGGUGGGGGGUUGAAUUCAGAGGGAGCAUUUAUGAAUGAUUUGAAAGAAUAUAGAGGGGUGGGUUCCACUGUCAGUAAUGGUGGUGAUAAAGAGAAAAGAGGAAAGUAGUUAAUUUUUGCAGAGAAUUGUUUUGUUUUGUGAUUCAGCAGAGUGAAAAAAGAAAAUAAUAACAUUAAAAAAAGUUAAUGCAAAGGAAUGGAAGGAGAUGAACAGAUCAAUCCUCUUUCAUCUAUUACUUUGUUGAGUUAGAAUUAAAUACUGUGGCGCACGUGGGAAUGAAGCGUGUGUCUAAGUUAAAUGUUAUUUUAUUUUAUUUUUAAUUUUUUUGCGGGAACUCAGUAGAGUAUUUGUGUUUUAUUUAGUUGGAGUUUCAAUGUCAAUGUUUUUGGCCUAAUUAUAUAUAAAUAUGUAAUGAGGAAUUUGUUUAAUAUUCAUAUGGAAAAGGGUGUUAUUAUUUUUAA